AUGUAAUCAAAAUCUUAGUCACAACCAUACUAAAACUCAUUUGAUUAAGAAUAUUAUCCUUUAUUAACUUAUGAAUACCAUGAUUUCUGUUAAAGCUUAGCCAUAAAUCAUAAUAAAACACUCUUAGCUAUUUCAGGAAAGAAUCAUGUAAGAAUUCUCUUAUUCCAAUUAAUGAAACUAAAAUAACUCUAAAUAUUUCCAAAAAUGUAAAGAAAUAUCUCUUAACUUAAUUUCCUGUAGAGAAGAUCAUUAUUAAUUAGUUGUUAUGAAGAUGGAUCUAUAAUUAUAUGGUCUUUAAAUCUCAUAUCAAAUCCAAAAUAUUUGUUUAAACUUAGGAAACAUAUGCAAGCUAUAUCAAGUAUGGUUGUGCAUCCUCUUAAGGAAGACUUAAUCAUAAGUGGCUCUUUUGAUAAAACCAUCAAUUUUUGGUUAGAUCAAUCUUCUCCAUCUUCGCAAUCUUAAUGGUAGUGUAUAUAAACCAUUAAUUAACAUUAAGAUUUGGUUUAUGGAUUAUCUAUUAAUAAAGAGGGAAAUACUUUACUUUCUUGUGGUAAAGAUAAUUAAAUAUUAAUAAUGCAAGGAUCAAGAUAAAUGGAAUGGUAAAUAAAAUAGAAGAUUAAAUUAGAUGGGGAAGGAUAUAGAAUAGGUUUUAUUACUAAUAGACUUUUUGCAUUUUAAUCAAGAAUACCUAGAAAUCGUCUUUUCUUAUACUAGCUUGAUGAAAAUACAUAAAUGUUCAACAAAUUAUAAGAUGUAAUAGUAGAAGGUGUAGGAGGUAAUCAAACAUGUGCUAUAUUCUUCCCUCUUGUUUAUAUAGAUAAUAAACAAAUUCUUAUAUCUAAAAAUGGAUAGAAAGUUAAUUUAAUAAAAUUAACAUUCUCUCAAUCAAAUUAAUUAUUCAAUUAAAUUUAAACAAUAGAUUAUGGAUUCUAACCAAAUGGCUGGCUAUUUGGUACUGUUACACAAGAUGGGGAGUAUUUGAUAACCUGGGAUCAAAAGUCUAAGAACAUUUAAAUACGAUCAUACUAAGAAAAGAUAAUUAAAUAAGAAUAAAACUGA